ACUAACAUCAGUGUUCUUGAUCGUUUUAUGAGUUAUUUAUAUUAAAUAACAGUGGUCUGAUGUGGUGGUCUUCACUGCAUGCUGACAUCAUUUCAGGGGUUUACAGCGUGGUGGUGGCAGUGUGGAGCAUCUGUGCUCUUCCUCGGACUGCAGCUGCUCUGAUGCUCCUGAUGCUGAUUAAAUGACAGUUUAACAGCCAGAAAGAAUCUCAGACGCAGAGGAAACCUACGGAAUCCGUCUCCUGUAUUUUCGGUUACCUGUAUUUUAGGCCCACCGACAGGCCCCAGGCUUUGCUGUUGUCUCUCUGGGAGGAUGUCGUCAUCCGAAAAUGCUGAGUCACAUAAAGCCUGUGAAGCAUCACUCGCUCCAUCAGAGGCUGAACCCCUGAGGGUCGUCCUGUUGGGGAGGACAGGAACAGGCAGAAGCUCCUCAGGCAACACAAUCCUGGGCAGGCCGGCUUUCUGGGUCACCGUCUCCCCCUGUUCUGUCACCACGCAGAGCACGAGACAGACUGGGACAGUGGACGGGCGCAGUAUCUCUGUGAUUGACACUCCAGGCUUCUUCCACACACACCUGUCCACUGAGGAGGUCAUAGCAGAGGUGGGACGGUGCGUCGCCCUGUCCUCUCCGGGACCCCACGCUUUCUUAGUGACCCUGCAACUUGGCAGAUUCACCCAGGAGGAGAAGGACGCCUUAGAGUGGAUCAAGGCUACAUUUGGGCCCGGAGCCACCAAGUUUACCAUGGUGUUGUUCACCUGUGGGGACCAGCUGCAGGGCAAGAGCAUCAAGGACUUCCUGGGAGAGAGCGAGGAGCUGUCAGAAUUCGUCAGCAGCUGCCACGGGGGGUAUCACGUCUUUAAUAAUCAUGAACAUGACAAGACAGCGCGCUCACAGCAGGUUGCACAGCUUCUGGAGAAGAUAAACAAGGCUGUGGAGAACAAUGGAGGCGGUUGCUAUAGCAACGACAUGUUCACGGAGGCCGAGAGGGUCAUCAAGGAGGCGCAAGAGAGGGUUCGGGGACAAAGAGGACUAAGGAUGGAGUCUCCGAUCAAGGUGGCUACAGGCAAAGAGGAGCAGGGACCAGAGUUAGAGAGGAGGAGGGAGGAGGAGGAGAAGAGGAAGGAGGAAGAAGAGGCCAGGAAAAGAGCGGAGAGGCUUUUCUGGUGCGAGCUGUUGACUGCAGUGGGGAAAGGUGCAGCAGAGGGGGCGGGGAUCAUGGACAAGGACGAAGGGAAAGGGAAGGCUGUGAAGAAGGUGAAGGUGGUAGAGAGGGCGGCAGCUCUGGCGGCGUCGCCACUCUCCAUCACUUCAGCUGCGAAAGCGGUGGGAGGAGCUGUGAGGGAAGGAGGCAAGGUGUUAUAUAAGCACAGAAAAACUUUCCUGAAAACACCUCACUGAACGAGGUCAAGUAUCCCUCACCGCCAUGACGCCUAAGAUCAACACAGAGUUGAUGAUGUGUGAAAGAAAAAGUCAGAGCUUUGUUUUCAUUGUGCAUCUAAUGCUAACAAGCUUUGUUUACCGUCAACACGAUGCACUGCUACUUUAAAAACAUCCUGUAAAAUAAGACUGCAUGUGCGUGUGUGUGCAUGUGUGUGCACUCCACAGAAAGGCAAACAUCCUGGUGCGUUGCUCUCCAUGUGGAUUGUUCACAAAAACCACAGCAACACCUUUCAGCUGAGAGAAUUCACGUUAUAAUAAAUGUAAUGUCAUAAAAAUGGUGUCCAAUUCAACUUACUGCAACUAAAACAUUUGUGUCAUCUUUUACAGAAAUUCAUCACGCUCUCCGGCCAUUUUUCCAUUUUUAUCCGCAGUACAAGAAGACAGUUUGGUCGCAGUACCAACCCAGAAAGAACAAAAACAUUUGUCUGACUAAAACAUUGCAGCAGUUAUCUGUUCCAUCUUUGGCUUCA